CUGAAGCGCCUGCAGAAGGAACUGAUGGACAUCACUAAGGACCCCCCUCCCAUGUGCUCCGCAGCACCGAUGGACGAUGACAUGUUCACAUGGAGGGGGGUCGUUGUGGGCCCUGACAACAGCCCCUAUGAGGGAGGCGUCUUCUCCCUAAACAUACACUUCUCACACGAGUACCCCUUUCAACCUCCAUAUAUUUACUUCAUCACUCAGGUAUACCACCCCAAUAUCGACAAAAGAGGUAAUAUAUGUCUAGAUAUUCUCAAGUCCCAGUGGUCACCUGCCCUUACGGUAUCUGAAUUGUUGUUGUCCAUCAGCUCCAUGUUAUGUGACCCCAAUCCCGACGAUCCCUUAGAUCCAUCCAUUGCAAGAAUGUACUUAAAGGACAGGGACACCUAUAAUGCUAUAGCUCGGGCUUGGACCAAGAAGUACGCCAUGUGA